UGCCCCUGUCCCCGGCUCCAGGAUGUGGCGGGCCCGGGCCGCGGCCGUGUGUGUUGUCUGCCAAAGCUUAGCAAAUAGCAGCUAUGGAGUAAAAGGAAAAUCACCAUUGCAAAAAUUGCAUCUUGUUUCACAAAGUAUUCAUCAUCCCCAUUAUACAAGUUCAAAGUUUCAGAGACCUCCACUAAGGACAUCAAUUCAACAGUUCUCCUCUCUUAAUCGUCUUCCCUUACGGAAAACCAAACUUUUAUCUGUAAAAUAUGGAUACCUGCCCCAUAGAAAUUUCUGGGUAGCUAGACUGGCUUCAAGGCUUCUAAAACUUCGCUAUCUUGUAUUAGGAUCUGCUGUAGGUGGUGGCUAUACAGCAAAAAAGACGUAUGAUCAAUGGAAGGAGAUGCUGCCUGAUCUCAGUGACUAUAAGUGGAUUGUUCCUGACUUCAUUUGGGAGCUUGAUGAACACAUUGACUUUGAAAAAUUUAGCAAAGCCCUUCCUGAUGCAGAAGACCUCGCUAAACUUCUACCUGACUUUGACAAGAUUGGAGAGAGCCUCAGUUCCCUGAAGGGCUUUUUCUCACCUGGUUCCCAAGGAGAAACAGCAUUCAGAGCUACAGACCAGGGAUAUGAAAAUGACAAACAGUACAAAAAGGGCCUGCUUGGUGAACUCAUUCUAUUACAACAGCAAAUCCAACAGCAUGAAGAGGAAGCACGCAGAGCUGCUGGCCAAUAUAACACGGGCUCUUCCCAGCAGAAGCGAAAGGUCUCUGACAAAGAGAAGAUUGAUCAGCUUCAAGAAGAACUUCUCCACACUCAGCUGAAAUAUCAACGAAUUCUUGAGCGCUUAGAGAAGGAAAACAAAGAACUAAGAAAGCUGGUGUUGCAGAAAGAUGACAAGGGCAUUCAUCAAAGGAAGCUAAAGAAAUCUUUGAUUGAUAUGUACUCUGAAGUUCUAGACAUUCUGUCUGACUAUGAUGCCAGCUAUAAUACCCAAGAUCAUCUACCUCGGGUUGUAGUGGUUGGAGAUCAGAGUGCAGGAAAAACCAGUGUGCUAGAAAUGAUUGCUCAAGCCCGGAUAUUCCCUCGAGGGUCUGGGGAAAUGAUGACACGUUCUCCUGUUAAGGUAACGCUUAGUGAAGGUCCCCACCAUGUGGCUUUGUUCAAAGACAGCUCUCGGGAGUUUGAUCUGACCAAGGAAGAGGAUCUUGCAGCCUUGAGAAAUGAGAUAGAGAUCCGAAUGAGGAAAAGUGUGAAAGAAGGAUGCACUGUCAGUGCUGAGACCAUCUCCUUAAAUGUGAAAGGUCCUGGUCUGCAGAGAAUGGUGUUGGUAGAUUUGCCUGGUGUCAUUAGUACUGUGACAUCAGGUAUGGCUCCAGACACUAAGGAUACUAUCUUUAGCAUCAGCAAGGCCUAUAUGCAGAACCCGAAUGCCAUCAUCCUUUGUAUUCAAGAUGGGUCGGUGGAUGCAGAACGCAGCAUUGUCACUGAUUUAGUCAGUCAAAUGGAUCCUCACGGGAAAAGGACAAUCUUUGUUUUGACUAAGGUGGACCUUGCUGAGAAAAAUGUGGCCAGCCCAAACAGGAUACAACAAAUUAUUGAAGGUAAACUCUUCCCAAUGAAGGCUUUGGGUUACUUUGCAGUCGUUACAGGAAAAGGAAACAGCUCUGAAAGUAUCGAAUCUAUUAAAGACUAUGAAGAGGAAUUUUUUCAAAAUUCAAAACUGUUGAAGACGUGUAUGCUGAAGGCACACCAGGUGACAACGAGGAACCUAAGUCUUGCUGUGUCAGAUUGCUUUUGGAAAAUGGUGAGAGAGUCAGUGGAGCAGCAAGCAGAUGCUUUUAAAGCAACACGUUUUAAUCUUGAGACUGAGUGGAAGAACAACUACCCCCGGUUGCGAGAGCUUGACCGGAAUGAACUGUUCGAAAAAGCGAAGAAUGAAAUCCUCGAUGAGGUUAUAAGUUUGAGCCAGGUCACACCAAAGCACUGGGAGGAGAUUCUUCAGAAAACAUUAUGGGAAAGAGUAUCUACUCACGUGAUUGAGAACAUCUACCUGCCAGCAGCACAGACUACAAAUUCAGGGACAUUUAACACCACUGUGGACAUCAAGCUGAAGCAGUGGACUGACAAACAACUGCCUAAUAAAGCAGUAGAGGUGGCAUGGGAGACUCUGCAGGAAGAAUUUUCUCACUUCAUGACAGAAAAGAAAGGAAAAGAGCAUGACGACAUCUUUGAUAAACUGAAACAAGCUGUCAAAGAAGAAAGUAUUAAACGACACAAGUGGAAUGAGAGAGCAGAAGACAGCCUGCGAGUGAUACAGCACAAUGCUUUAGAAGAUCGGUCAAUAUCUGAUAAACAGCAGUGGGAUGCAGCUAUUCACUUCAUGGAGGAUACUCUCCAGAGUCGCCUCAAGGACACUGAAUCUGUUAUUGAAGACAUGGUGGGCCCAGACUGGAAAAAAAGAUGGCUGUACUGGGUAGGCCGCACUAAAGAACAGAAUAUUCGCAAUGAAACAAAAAAUGAACUUGAGAAGAUGAUCAAAUGCAACGAAGACCAUGCAGCUUACCUUGCAAAUGACGAGGUGACAACUGUCCGAAAGAAUCUUGAAGCAAAAGGGGUAGCAGUGGACCCAUGUUUGAUUAAAGACACGUGGCACCAAGUUUAUAGAAGACAUUUCUUGAGGACAGCUUUGAGCCACUGUAAUCUGUGUCGAAGAGGCUUUUAUUACUACCAAAGGCAUUUUGUAGACUCUGAGCUCGAAUGCAAUGAUGUGGUUCUGUUCUGGCGCAUACAGCGAAUGCUGGCGAUUACAGCAAACACACUGAGGCAGCAGCUUACUAACACUGAAGUCCGACGUUUGGAGAAGAAUGUAAAGGAAGUGCUGGAAGACUUUGCUGAGGACAGUGACAAGAAGGUUAAGUUACUAACGGGCAAAAGGGUCCAGCUGGCGGAGGAUCUCAAAAAAGUUCGUGAAAUCCAGGAAAAACUUGAAGCCUUCAUUGAAGCCCUCCAUCAGGAGAAGUAGAUUGAUCAAGCAGCUGAACUGUUACCGUGAGAACGCAGGCCUUUCCCAAAAUGCAUUGCACAAAGAAGACUGAAUGAAAUGUCUUUUCUGUCCCAUUCUUCUUCCUAUCGUACCUUUUUGAAGCAUCCUGUGAUGUCAAAGGGGUGGGGGAAGUAAUUUCUCACAUGGGAUUGAGAAGUAUUGAACAAAACCUCCCAUUUGAAUUUUUGAAGCAAGACAAACAUGACAGCAGAAUCCAGUUUUGGUUGUGUUGAAAUGACAGGAUGAGGGAAUGCCAAAGUUGUCCAAUUAAGUUCUGUUCCUGAGAGGAAGGAGAGGCUUUUAUUUCUUGGCUGUGGUCUAGUAUGGCAGGACUGGAGCAGAUUCAUAAAGUGGUUUUAUCCAGUGUCACUUUCUUGCCUGCAAAUAAUCCUGGGAGUUUGAAAUAAAGAUUUACCAUUUGUACAUACAUGAAUUAAUGCCCUUCUAACUAAUAUUGGUUGUAUCUGUAUACGGUAUGUUGAUGCAUCCUCAAGCACUAGGGUACACCUCUAAAUACAUUGUGGUGAGAAGGGAGAUCUGAGAGAGAGAGAGAGAGAGAGAGAGAGACUUUGCUUAAGCACUUGAGCUAUUAUCAUCGAAGGAAUUCUGCCAUUUGAAAAGUAUAGGCUGUCAUUCAUUGACUCCUUAAAAAGUUUGGCUCAGGAAAUAAUGUCAACGGCUGCUCAUUUUAUGGCUGCUUUCCUAGUAGAUGAUGUUACUCUGAAUCAUAGCCAAUCACAUUUCAUUUUGGGGGUUGCCUGGACACUAACUGGGUUUCCUGUUAACUUUCCCCAUGUCCUGUUGGAAAGUAAGCUAAUUAUGUGUGUGGGUAAUACAGAAAAAU